GACCCCCUAACAGAACUUGGCCAUUGAGAGCAAACCCCGAACAGCUGGAUAAUGUCCACUCCGAGCAGAUUCAAAAAGGACAAAGAGAUCAUAGCCGAGUAUGAAAGUCAAGUCAAAGAAAUCCGAGCUCAACUGGUAGAACAGCAGAAAUGCCUGGAGCAGCAAACGGAGAUGCGAGUUCAGCUUCUCCAGGACCUCCAAGAUUUCUUCCGGAAAAAAGCAGAAAUUGAGACGGAAUAUUCUCGGAACCUAGAGAAGUUAGCUGAAAGGUUCAUGGCAAAAACGAGAAGCACUAAGGAUCAUCAACAAUACAAGAAAGACCAGAACUUGUUGUCUCCAGUCAACUGCUGGUAUCUGCUGCUGAACCAAGUGAGGAGAGAAAGCAAAGACCACGCCACCCUGAGCGACAUCUACCUGAACAACGUGAUCAUGCGGUUCAUGCAGAUCAGUGAGGAUUCCACCAGGAUGUUUAAAAAGAGCAAAGAGAUUGCAUUCCAACUUCAUGAGGAUUUAAUGAAGGUUCUUAAUGAACUUUAUACGGUGAUGAAAACGUACCAUAUGUACCAUGCAGAGAGCAUCAGUGCAGAGAGCAAGCUGAAAGAGGCUGAGAAACAAGAAGAAAAGCAAAUUGGAAGGUCUGGGGACCCGGUCUUCCAUAUCAGACUAGAAGAGAGACAUCAGCGGCGGAGCUCUGUAAAGAAAAUCGAAAAAAUGAAAGAAAAGAGACAAGCAAAGUAUUCGGAAAAUAAGCUAAAAUCGAUUAAGGCACGGAAUGAAUAUCUCCUAACCCUUGAAGCAACCAAUGCCUCAGUUUUCAAGUAUUAUAUUCAUGAUCUUUCAGAUUUAAUUGAUUGCUGUGAUCUUGGCUACCAUGCGAGUCUGAACAGAGCCCUGAGGACCUACCUGUCUGCGGAGUAUAACCUUGAAACCUCCAGACAUGAAGGCUUAGACAUCAUUGAGAACGCAGUUGACAACCUGGAGCCCAGGAGUGAUAAGCAGAGGCUCAUGGAGAUGUACCCUGCUGCCUUCUGUCCACCAGUGAAGUUUGAGUUUCAGUCUCACAUGGGUGACGAGGUGUGUCAGGUCAGCGCCCAACAGCCGGUCCAGGCUGAGCUCAUGCUCAGGUACCAGCAGCUGCAGUCCCGACUGGCCACUCUCAAAAUCGAGAAUGAGGAGGUUAAGAAAACGACUGAGGCCACCUUGCAGACGAUACAAGAUAUGGUCACCAUCGAGGACUACGAUGUCUCUGAAUGCUUCCAGCACAGUCGCUCCACCGAGUCUGUGAAGUCUACCGUCUCAGAAACGUACCUGAGUAAGCCCAGCAUCGCCAAGAGAAGAGCGAACCAGCAGGAGACAGAGCAGUUCUACUUCAUGAAACUCCGAGAGUAUUUGGAAGGGAGUAAUCUCAUCACCAAACUUCAGGCCAAGCAUGACUUGUUGCAGAGGACCCUUGGCGAAGGUCAUAGAGCUGAAUAUAUGACUACAAGGCCUCCAAAUGUUCCCCCUAAGCCCCAGAAACACAGGAAGUCCAGACCCCGCUCCCAGUAUAAUGCUAAGUUGUUUAAUGGGGAUUUGGAAACAUUCGUCAAGGACUCAGGCCAGAUUAUCCCCCUCAUUGUGGAAAGCUGUAUUCGGUUCAUCAAUCUCUAUGGUCUUCAGCAUCAGGGGAUUUUCAGAGUGUCUGGUUCCCAGGUGGAAGUCAAUGACAUUAAAAAUUCAUUUGAGAGAGGUGAAAAUCCUUUGGCUGACGACCAGAAUAACCAUGAUAUUAACUCAGUUGCUGGCGUUCUGAAGCUCUAUUUCCGUGGGCUGGAAAACCCCCUCUUUCCUAAGGAAAGAUUUAAUGAUCUGAUUUCUUGUAUCAGAACAGAUAAUCUCUAUGAGAGGGCGCUUCACAUCCGCAAACUCCUCCUGACCUUGCCCAGGUCGGUCCUUAUAGUGAUGAGGUACCUCUUUGCCUUCCUGAAUCAUCUUUCACAGUACAGUGAUGAGAACAUGAUGGACCCUUAUAAUCUGGCCAUUUGCUUUGGCCCAACAUUGAUGCCCGUCCCUGAAAUACAGGAUCAAGUGUCUUGCCAGGCUCACGUGAAUGAAAUUGUCAAAACCAUUAUCAUCCACCAUGAGACUAUUUUCCCAGAUGCUAAAGAGCUGGAUGGCCCUGUUUAUGAGAAAUGUAUGGCUGGAGAUGACUACUGCGACAGCCCAUACAGUGAGCACGGUACGUUGGAGGAGGUGGAUCAGGACGCUGGUACAGAGCCCCACACCAGUGAGGACGAAUGUGAGCCAAUAGAAGCCAUCGCCAAGUUCGACUACGUGGGGCGAUCCGCCAGAGAGCUGUCCUUCAAGAAGGGCGCCUCGCUGCUGCUCUAUCACCGCGCGUCCGAGGACUGGUGGGAGGGAAGGCACAACGGCAUCGACGGGCUCGUGCCCCACCAGUACAUCGUGGUGCAGGAUAUGGAUGACACAUUUUCAGACACUCUGAGCCAAAAAGCCGACAGCGAGGCCAGCAGUGGGCCAGUCACUGAGGACAAGUCUUCAUCCAAGGACAUGAACUCCCCCACGGACCGGCAUCCCGAUGGCUAUUUGGCCAGACAAAGAAAAAGAGGAGAGCCGCCCCCUCCAGUGAGGCGUCCUGGCAGGACCAGUGAUGGCCAUUGCCCCCUCCACCCCCCGAAUGCUCUUUCCAACUCCUCAGUUGACCUGGGGUCCCCAAACCUGGCCAGUCACCCCCGGGGCCUGCUGCAGAACCGUGGCCUCAACAAUGACAGUCCUGAGAGGAGGCGCCGGCCGGGCCACGGCAGCCUGACCAACAUCAGCCGGCACGACUCCCUUAAGAAGAUCGACAGCCCUCCCAUUAGAAGGUCCACGUCAUCAGGGCAAUACACAGGCUUCAAUGACCACAAGCCCCUGGACCCCGAGACAAUCGCUCAGGAUAUUGAAGAGACGAUGAACACUGCUUUGAAUGAACUCCGGGAGCUGGAGAGGCAGAGCACAGCCAAGCAUGCCCCCGACGUGGUGCUGGACACCCUAGAACAAGUGAAAAACUCUCCCACCCCGGCCACCUCCACGGAAUCUCUCAGCCCUUUGCACAGCGUUGCCCUCAGGAGCUCGGAGCCUCAGAUUCGCCGGAGCACGAGCUCCUCCAGUGACACAAUGAGUACUUUCAAGCCCAUGGUGGCGCCCCGAAUGGGUGUGCAGCUGAAGCCACCCGCCCUGCGGCCAAAACCUGCUGUUCUUCCAAAAACAAACCCCACCAUAGGACCUGCCCCGCCUUCCCAGGGUCCCACAGACAAGUCUUGCACAAUGUAAAAACCAGCUGAGCAAGGUCAUUCGGGGAGGUGAUUAGAAAAAGACAAUGGAUUAGUGACAAAAGUCAACGAUCCAUAAAUUUCCUUAGUUUUGUGCUUAUAACUGGAGAUCUUUUGGCUUUUCUAUGUUCUCGAAUGUAAUGUCUGCGACUAGCUAAAUUAACACGGGCAUUUGUAUUUUGUAAUUUCUUUCUUUUUUUUUUAAAUAACUGGACAUAUCUUAUGUCGUUUUAAAGACAAUAGAAACACUUAGACUUACUUGAAAAUCCAAUGCUGCACCAUUUGUAAUGAAGGCAACACCACUCUGCUCUCCACAUUGUACAGUACUUCAGGUACAGCGUAGCCCAGGUGAGUCAGAAAUGUCUGGAUCCGAAGGCUCGAGAAGCUGAGUUCCAGGCCUUGGAGUGUAACCCGUGUUGGUCUGUGGCACUUGGGGUAAUGACUGAAGCGCCAUGACGGCAUUGACUGGUAGCUGACAGUGAGCACCUCUGAUGCCGUGCUGUGGGGCAGAGUCCAGCUCAUGCUAAAGCCCUGCCGUUGUCACAGUGGGAUAUUCCAGUGAUUGCCUCUUUCAUAACGGUCGUUUCCCCGGGUCCAGGUUAAAGACAGCGGAAGGGGGGAACCUCUACAGUUAGUGCUUGAACCGAACCUGGGAAAGGAGAGAGAGACAGCCCUCCCGAGCUAUUGAUGCGACUCUGCCAGGCGCUGGAGGAUUUCCAAGUGCAUCUCCCGCAUUCACAAGGACCAGAGCAGUCUAAUUUAAAGACUUUCUGGUUCCACUGCUCCACAAAUUCCUUCGGAGAUCUGUUGUUUAAUAAGUGACUAGAAAAUCCUUCUAGCUCCCCUGAAGUCCCCGUGUUCUCCUCUGGAAAUGGGGAAAGCCAGCAGCGCACGCGUCCUUGGCUCUUGUAAACAUGCUACAGAGGCUGGAGGAUCCCAAGUGGAACCCCCAGCCCUCCUCCGCGUGCGUCUCUUUGAGCCGGCCUAGAACCGGCUGUGGUACUGGCCGGAGGUGGGAGCAUUUCCUUGUCGUUCCAGGAUGCUUUCCUCCCAAUUUUGCACCCUGGAACCAUGAUUUUUCUUUUCUCUUUUUUUCAGAUGGUCUCUACAUAACUCACAUAGUCACUCCAUUAGGGACCCUCUUUGUCUGACAUCCUAGCACAUAGCAGAUUCUUUAGCCCACAUUUAUGCUAUAUUUUCCAUCUAAAAAAGGUUGCUUUGAAUUCACUUGUUUUUACUAAGGUACAAAUCACCACUCUCCUACCAGCCGCAGCUUAUAUCAUCUGUAAAUCUAUGAGCAUUUUAUCUACUCUGUCAUUGAACUUACUGAUGAAGAGACUUGGUGGUUGUUUUUUUGUUUUUUUAAGGAAAAUUGGGUGGCCAAAACUAACCCUUUUGAACCACCAAUGAUUUCCUCCUAGGUUUGGUUUCAAACUGGCAGCCAAUUGCAUGCCACCUAAGAGUUACACAGUGUAGACUUUAUCGGCCCAUUGGGGAAUGCGUCGUGCGGGAAAGAAUGAGGAUCUGUCCUAAAAUCAAGAUCGUUACUUUGAUCUCUCCCUCCGUUUGCCAGUCUGAUCAUUCUAAUGCAGAGAUUAAAUUAAUGAGAUAUUGUUACCUUUCAGUGUCACAGUGCUGCUUGCUUGCCUGCAGUCUAAUUUCAUGAAUGAUUGAAUAGUGGAAUUUUUUUCCCAAGUAUUUCCGGGUAUGGUAAACUUCUAAACCUCUGAAUUUUCAGAACCAUCCUUUUUGCCUGUUUGCAAAAAGAGGCCCAGCUCAGCAUCUUGUCCAACCCCUCACCAUUUUGAGCUUUCGUGGUCCUGCGUCACCUUGGACACCAUGGAGACCCAGCCAGGACUGAGUCUUUAAAGCUUUGAAACAAUUUUCCCAAAUCCCCUAGGAAAUUUAAACUUUCAUAAAUAAUCUCCUGGUUCUUUCCGGAUUCCGCUUUGGUUCUAAUUCUCUGCCACUAGAUGGGGAAACAAAAGCAGAGAAUAAAGAUAGAAGUAAUGGUGGGGAGGGGGGUUUAAAUCGUUUAGAAAUUAAAAAGAUUCUUAAAAACCGUUUUCCAUCUUUGAUGGAAAAGUAAAGUCUUAACAGAGGGCAUCGAAAGGACAGAGUUGCUUUGAAUUUAUUUAUUAAUUUUGGGGGUCUUUUACAAGCUUUAGCUUUUCGGAUCUUCCUCCCGCAAGCUCAUUUCUUCAGCCAGCUCCCUGGUCAUCCUCCCCACUGUCUCCUCUCUUUGGUGUUUACACCCAUGGUGGAGUGAGGCUUGCCUUUCCACCACCAAAUCAGGGCUCUGCUGCCUUGGACGCAGAGGACAUGCUGCUCUGGAGCCUCAGAGACCGUGCCUUCCUCCAGGAAACAGCUCCUCACACGCCAUCGCUCCCUCACUUUACCUGGCUCUGUCUUUUCUCCCUGAUCCGCUGUUGUCACCCUGAGGCUGUUUUGUGUGUGUGUGCAAUUCCCAGGGAAGGACGUGACCUCAGAGUGAGUAAGCACUCAAUAAGGACUCACCUCUCCUUAAUUUGUUAAAUCUGCAGCUUCCAGGGAUAAGACAAAGUGGCCACUUCACAAAGGAUCCAAAAUAACACCCAGUGAGCUCCUUAAAAGCUUCAGCAGCUGAAGGGGUCCCCUGGUGCGUGGCCUUCUCUAUAGCCACAGCUGUAACACACAGUGGGGAGGUGGAAAGGCACAAGGCAUAGGGAGAGAAAGAAAAUGUGUCCUUGACAUGUUAUGCCCCAGUUUCAAGGAUCUUCUUAGUCCUCGUGCAGUGUGGGAAGGGGGUCAUUUUGAUGAUGGAUAAAUGAUGGUUCUACAAAAAUUACCUGACUCCGCGUACACAAGAGUAUGUAUUCACAGUUGAUGGAUCUCUGUUCAGGUCUCAUCCACAGAGCUCACUGAGUCAGACUGACCAGAUUGGUUCCUUGGUUUGGGUCGGGGGUGUUGGGAGUGAAUUGUUCUAUAGAGCGAAAGGUACUUAAUGCAGAUUUUCUGAUGAGUGUUCUGUAAAUUAUUUCAACCUGCUGAAUGGAACUUCGUGGAGCUCCAUGUUCAAGUUCAGUGUCAACAUCAUUAUUCGGCAGUUUUGCACAUUUUCACACAAUGUGAUCUGACUUUGGUGCCCCUUGAGCCGUCCAUAGAGUAACCUGCAGCAGGGUCCCAGUGAAUCGACCGCAGUGAAGGUGGACUGUGACCGACGGAUGUCGAGCACCAGCGCUCAGACUGGAUCAGCUCAGAGUUUUCUGUCUUCGUGCUUUUGCCAUUCCCAAAAAUGGCUUUAUAAUUUAAUUAAGGAAAAGAAAAAAGAGUGGGUAGUGGUCUCCUUAGCAUUUGCGAAUGACUGAGGAAACUUCCUUCUGAUCAUUACAGCCUCUGAAAUCCAAAGUUAAAGAGCAUAUUGGUCUGCUGAGGGGUUUGGAGGACUUCAGAUUUGAGAUGACCCUCAUGUACUCCUGACCACAGCAGUGAGAGGCCGUGAAUGCGGGAAAUGCACUUAGGUCUGAGCCUUGCUCUGAGCUCCCCACCCUAGAGGCGCUGAGCCGGUGCAGGUUCUCUCCGUGUGUAAAUGGAGCUCCCUACUGCAGCCUGGCCCAGCUCCUGAGCUGAGAACCCUACCUCCAGCCCGGCCGGGGUGUCAGGUGUGGUCCGGGGUGUCUGGCACAGCUUCCCUCUGAUCAGCAAAACAAACUGGAAAUCGAGCUUUCACUUACCCUGGCAUACUUUGUUUAAAAAAAAAAGUCUACAUGGUAUAAUCGAGAUGGGUACCUGUAUCUUUAAAUUAUGUAGGGAAUUUUGUAUGUUUAAAUAAUUGUACUGGGUUCCGUAAUGCUUAUCUUAGAAGCUGUUUAGUAAAAGAAAAUAUAUAAACCAUGCAUUUGUGAAUGCCCCCGCAGAGCAUUCAUCCAAGUUCAGUGUGUAGUGAGAUGGUUAUUAUAGAUGUUUAAAAUAUAGUAAGUGGCUGUGUAACAGGAGAGACUGCUAUUUACCUAUGGACGUAAGAGUAACUCCUGCCCAGUAAUUAAAUCAAUAUCGUCCUUUUCUGUUGGUUUGAACACUUGCAGUACUGGUAGCUUCCUGCUUGUGACUGUUACCUAAUUGUGUCAAUGUACAUCUGUAGUAUGUACAUGUGAAAGUGCCUUCUACUUUAGACGAGUUUUAGCCUUGCUGUUUACUGUUGCCCACCCGCCCCCCCCCCCCCCCCCUCCCCCUCCCCCCCCCCCCCCCCCCCGCCUCCCACUGCCCACCUGAGUGUUUUGAAGCUUCCUCCUCUCCCCCAGCUGCUUCUCCAUCCCCACCUUCCUGUGCCUCGGUGCUCAGUAUUGUCUGUCUUGCAUCCUUGUCAGUCAUCAGACUGUCUCCUCGUCCUUGUCGCCUGACUGUGCCUUGCCCGCCCCCGCAGUAGCUCUCCGGUGUCCCCCUCCCGUCUUCUCCCCCUUCACGUGCUGCUGACGGCCAGCGCCGCCUGUGCUCUGUCCUGCCUCUCACCGUUACAUUCCCUGUCUCCUCAGUGGAAUUGAAGGGGGAUGCUGUUACAGAUGGGGAAGAGAAAACAAUGUUUUGUUAAUCUGUUGUGACAAUGCACUUUUAUGUAUAGUACUGUACAUUUUGGCAUGUACCAUUCCAGGCUUCAGUGCGCAGUCAGGCCUGUUCUUCAUGGUGUAUCUUUAUAAUAAAUAAGAUAGUUCUGGCCGCCUUUGUCUGCUUCCGAUUUGGUGUGAUUUUCCCUGGUAUUUUCAAUUCCUUUCUUUUCUAAUCACUGUUUUCCCCCCAGAGGGCUGAGCUGCCUUAUUAAUGGGACACUACCUUUUUUAAAAAAAUGUUUUUAUCUCACUUUCAUUUUAGUUUGUGAAUUUGAAAAAGAGGCCUCACGCACAGGACCAUGGCCGUGAAGCCAGGGUUUUUUGUUUUGUUUUGUUUUUUAAAGACUGGCACCUGAGCUAACAACUGUGGCCAAUCUUUUU